AUGGGUUCAAAUGCCUUCUUCUCUUCCAUUCUCUAUUUCUUCUUCCUAGCCACAUUGGUCUCCGCUUCCCCAUUCCUUUCUGAUGACAUAUUUGAUUCUGGGGUAUCAACAGGACGUGCCCUCCUACAGGCUAAAAAAGCAUGUGGAGUUAACUUUGAGAACCAGAACUACACAAUCCUCACAAGCCAAUGCAAAGGACCACAAUACCCACCAAAGGUUUGCUGUGAGGCUUUCAAGCAAUUUGCAUGCCCUUUUGCUGAUCAGAUUAGUGACAUGACAACUGAUUGUGCAUCAGUUAUGUUUAGUUACAUAAAUAUCUACGGGAAAUACCCUCCUGGCUUGUUUGCUAAUCAAUGCAAAGAAGGGAAGGAAGGUCUUGAUUGCAGUGAAGUGAAGCCAUCCAAUAGUUCUGACACUUCCAACACCUUUCAUGUGGCUGCUCCUUCCUCUAUGCUGCUAAUGACCACAGCUGGUUUCCUGGGCUUCUUAUUCCAUUUCUUCUGA